AUGCGGGCCCGAAGAUGGGUUACCUUGGCCGCUUGGUGUAUGUCGAUGUACCUAUGGCGCUACCACAUCCAAGAACUUGCUGAGACUGCAAGGCUGUUCUCAACGUUUAAAACCGCCCUACGACACCAGCCAAGCCUUAUUCAUCCUUACCCGGCACCGGACGCCUUUCUAUCAAAGUCGGCCACUUCACUGAGUGUCCAAUCCCCGACUCCCCCGAUCCAUGUACCCAGGAUCAUUCACCAAAUCGCUCUCGGGAACGCCAAUCUUACAAAACAUGCUGAAGCCAUACAAUCCUGUCGAGAGGCUCACCCUGACUGGCAACAUGUCCUAUGGACUGACGAGACCGCCACCGAGUUCCUUGCGGCGAACUACCCCGACAUUCUUCCUCAUUGGUUGAGCUAUUUCCAGGAUAUCCAGCGCGCAAAUAUCCUCAGAUAUGCAGUCCUUCAUACGUUUGGAGGCGUCUACCUCGACCUCGACGUCACUUGCCUUAUCUCGCUCGACGAGACAGACAUCGUGACGCUGCCGUGGGUUACGCCGGCUGCUUUCCCCGCGGGGAUAAAUAAUGCCUUCAUUGCGACUCAACCAGGGCAUCCCCUGCUCACCCAGGUUUUGGCGCAUGUCCCUAGCCAUAAUCUGCGUUGGACACUCCCGUUGCGGAUACCCUACGUGGAAAACAUGCUCAGCACGGGAUGCCUUUACAUAUCGCUGGAAUGGUUCCGUUACGUGAAAGAUCUAGCGAAAAAAGGCGAGAACGUGUCGGAGGCAGAGAGAGUAUACAUACUUGGCGAUCAGGAACUCAACGUUGAUCCACAUAUGCUGCGCGGGAAGAUCAUAACGCCGCUCUUUGCCCAUGGCGGCGCAAGCAGCUGGCACAGUUGGGACGCCGCUGUCGCCAUUUUCCUCAGCCGGCAUUAUGUCUUGGUUGGGACCUUGGUCGUGGGCUGCCUGGCACUUGCUCUUGGCGUAGCUGCGGCGCUACGAUCUGGUCUGCUCGGGAAGCAUAUCGGAACUGGAGUCCGCGGUAGGCAUGGAGCCUCGAGCCGGACAGGAAUGGAUCGGGCCAGCCGGGUCCCUUGGAGGGCAAAAUCCAUGCCAUAUUACAGCGUAGUGUGA